GCCCAUCCAGUUCGCUUAUCGACGUUCGCCACGAGCGUACACGUCCGCCUGAACUUUGCACAUCCUAUUAUAUCCCGUACGGUCUGUGACAUUCAGGUGAACAGGUGUGCAUUCAGCAGUCGAGAUGCCGGUGAGAAUCAAUUGGCCCAUGCUGACGGCGACGGUCUUCCCUAACAUUGGCGGCUUGGUCGGCGGCUAUGUCACCAGGAAUAAUAUGAUUUGGUACGAGUCGUUGAAAAAAUCGAAAUGUAUCCCGCCGAAUUGGGUAUUCGCACCCGUGUGGACCACCCUCUACUGUACAAUGGGUUACUCGUCGUACCUCGUGUGGCGAGACGGAGGUGGGUUCGAGGGAGCGGCCGUACCGCUCAGCCUUUACGGCCUCAAUCUCGCCCUCAACUGGUCGUGGUCGCCGCUAUUCUUCGGGGCUCACAACAUAAAAUGGGCUCUCUACGAAGUUGCGGCGUUGUGGGUCAGCACGGCAGCGGUCGGGGUCGUGUUCUACCACGUUAAUCCCGCUGCCGGCUAUCUCAUCAUCCCCUACGUCGUGUGGAACUCUUUCGCCGCGGCGUUCAAUUACAUGCUCUACCGGGAUAACAAACAGCUCCCCGCCGUUGAAAAAGUCGAGGGAAAGAAGAAUUAAAGCUUAUUUACAUACAAAACGAAUAGAGAAAGGGGAGAAAUAGAGACACAAAAACACGGCGGUGCCGGGUGGAUGUUCGCUUAGAAAGACAGCAUUCCUCACGAGACUAAUGCUAAUGGUGGGCUUAACGAGUACUUUGAGUAUAUAAAAAUCGAGUAUUCGUAUUUAUCUCUGUUAAAGAUAUUUUGUGAAAGUGAUAAAAAGAAUAUCGCUGCAAACUAUUCCUAUCAGAAUCUAUUACGUUUUUCUUACUUAUAUCAAUACAGCAUAUUGAAUGGAAUACUUUGUAGCAAAAUUCUUUUUUCUUUCUCAGUAAAAAUUUAUUGCAUAAAAAAAGAUGACGUGCGAAAAUACUCGUUAUUCAAAGUUAUUGAAAAACUUGAUAUUCUUGCAUUGACGUGACAAGCUUAUCGCGAUUGGCUGUUCUAUUUAAUCUUAAAAAAUUGAGAUAAUUGAGUGCCCAUUAUUAACUAUUUGACUUUCGUACAAUCGCCAUUAUCAUUAUUGAUCACUUCAGUCAUUUGUUCGACGAACGUCGGGUUCGACGAGACGUGCCUUUGCAUUGAACGCACAACGCCGUUAGUAUACACAUGUUUAUUGAUCGAUAUACGAAACAAAGAUUAGUUAAUCGACCACGUGUACGUACAUUAUACAAUGUAAUAUCUUAAUUAUACCAAGCUUUAAUAAAUCAUAUAAAGUAAC